AUGCCAUCAACACUACAAUCUGGUCGUAGAUUAUCAUCAGCAACACCAACAUCAUCAUUAUCAUCAUCAUCGACAUCAAAUCCCAUAAUAUCAAAUUCAGAUUCAAUUGUCACGACUAGGAAUUCUUUAGAGAUCAAUUCAGGCGAUACUAUAAAAUCCAGAUCGUCUGCCGCACAUUUUCAUGAUCUAAAACUACCUGUUCCUCCCGCCCAAACAUCCUCAGCGUCUUCUUCCUCAUCAACAACGAUAUCAGGCUCUUACACUCCAAGUGGGAUAUUUGAGAAUCCCGUAAAUAAAGGAACAAGGUUCUUCAAACAGUCAUUUAGGAUGACUACUAAACGUGGAAAUAGAUAUAUGAUAGGAGCAGUAACGGUGUUAGGUAUAUUCGUGUUAUAUAGCUUAAGUGGUAAUGGAUCAGGAUCAGGAUCAGGUUCAAAUUCAAGAUCAAAUCCUGGUUCUGGAUAUGGUGCAAGCGAUAGUAACGGAGAGAACAAAUGGGGUUUAUGGUCGAAUACACCUACUACCAAUCGGGGAGAGUCAGUAUUGGACGCAUUUGUAGAUCUGAAUACUUUGGAUAUUCCAGAAACGGAGUAUGUGAAAGGUGUAGCUGGAUUCAAUUACUUCAAGAAUCUAUACCUUCAAAAUGGUACAUUCUUAGCUAUAACUUCGGAUCCAUCUUCGAUACCUGAAGUAGCUUCUAUCAUGUCGGCUCAUCCAACGAACGAUAAUAAGAAUCCACCGGCGGGUUUAGAUAGAUGGAGAGUACUGGUUCCUGGUAAAGAUGAUUUAAGUGGUUUGGGUGGUGUGGCCAUUCGCAAAGAUGGUAUCUCAAUGUUCUUCAACGAUGCAAAAGGUCCUGUAUCCGUAUCAUUCCUCAAACAUUAUUUCCACUUCAUCGGAGAAGUGUUCUUAGGUGCAUGGAGAGUAUUGACGACUGCUGGCGAAAUGGAAUUACCAAAGAGAUUGAUGUAUCGAACUUCGCCAGAUGAUUGGCGAGAUCGUGCAGCCCUUACACCAUGGUUUCAACAAUCCGUAAUGCCAUAUACAGCAAUAGAGGAAUCACCAAUAUGGGAAGAUAGACAAAAAUCAGGAAUGACUUUUUUGUUUGACAAGAUAACUAUAACUGAUCGAUGGGCGGCGCAUCAAAAAGGAAUUGAUCCAUGGAGGUUCAACAAGAUGACAGCCGAUUUAUUAUAUCUUGAUUCACCUAUCAAUUGGAUGGAACCAUUGAGGCUUUCGAUGAAACGACUCGUCCAAACCAAAGGAUGUUCAGUGUACAGGAAAAACCCCGAUGUGCCAAUCGUACUUUACAUUAAUCGACAAUUGACUGGAAGAAGAUUAAGAGCUGAAGAUGCAGAUUCGUUAGUUGAAGAAAUGAUCCAAUUGGAUAAUCAAGGUGUUAUCGAAUGGGUUGACGCUCAAAUGGAAACUUAUAGUAGACUAGAUCAGUUCUGUUUGGCACUCAAAGCGGAUAUAAUCAUGGGUGUACAUGGAAACGGUCUUUCUCAUGCUUUAUGGAUGAAACCCGGCAGUGCUGUUCUAGAGUUCAUGUUCCCAGGCGGUUUUGCGAGGGAUUACGCAACAGUAGCGGAAUUGAUGAGACAUGAUUAUUACGCCAUUCAUAACGAUACAGUAUUCACAAAAGACAAAUGGCUGAAAGAUGACGGUUGGGGAGUACCUGCCAUUGAUGGAUUCCAUAGCUCUUGGAUUCCGUUAAACGGGAAAUGGGUUUCAAAUCUAAUAAGGAAAAUAGCACAAGAAAAGAAAGAUAAAAUUGAACCUUGA